AUGCCACUAAUGUGGAUGAGUGAUUUAGUGGCCAAACGUCGACAACAAAAUAUUGAUAAUAUUAUUAUUCUUAAUGAUGGUACAAAUGAUAUAAGUAUCUAUAUAGGUAAUAAUAAUAAUUUCUAUUCAUUUUAUCGAAGAUAUCCUACUGGUUAUGAUUCUCUUCCAUGUUUUAUUAAUUUUAUUGAUAUUAAUAAUGAUCAACAAUUAGAUAUACUUGUUGCAAAUAAUGGUACAGGAAGUAUUGGAAUAUUUCUUGGAAAUAAAAAUGGUUUAUUUUCUGAACAAAUAAUUUAUUCAAUGGGAAUUAAAUCUUAUCCUUAUGCAAUUGGUAUUGGUGAUUUUAAUCAUAAUAAUAAAACAGAUUUUGUUGUAACUAAAUAUGGAAUAAAUGAAAUUGAAAUCUUUCUCGAUUUUAAUAAUGAUCUAUUAACUGAUAUUGCUGUUGCAAUGACUGGUACUAAUAAUAUUAAAAUUCUUUCAAAAUCUUGUUCAUAA